AUGUCAAGAAUAUUAUUUAUCAUCUCCUGUUUCCUAUUUGUGAGUUAAUCAACCUUCAUAAAUGAUUUAGAAUAUUUGACUGAAAUCAACAAUAAUGUUGUCAUUGGAAUAUUUACACAACCUUCAGACUCAGACUAUGUUGAUUAUCCUUCUAGUCAAUAUUCAUAUUUAGCUGCUUCUUAUGUCAAAUUUGUUGAAAUGGCUGGCGCUAGAGUUGUACCUAUUCCAUAUGAAGCUGAUAACUCUGUCUUAGAGAAAUACUUUUAAGGCAUUAAUGGUAUCAUAAUUCCUGGAGGAGCAUCUGAACUUGAUACACCUACUGGACCAUCUAAAUUUACUAAAGCUGUUGCCUAUAUGUUAAAUAGAGCAUUGUAACUUAAUGAUGCUGGACAAGUAUUUCCUGUUCUUGGAAUUUGUAUGGGAUUCUAAACAUUACAUUAUAUCAUUUCUGGUUACAAAACUCCAUUCCUUUUUAGAGUUUAUGGAGAGAACGGUAUCAGCCAUUCAUUAGAAAAUGGAGAUAGAUCUUUUGCAUUAUAUAAGGAUUUCGAUGACGACACCUAUUAGCUAAUACAAACCAAUCAAUAUUUUUAUUAUAGUCAUAACUGGGGUGUAAGUCCAGACUUAUACAAAAAGUAUCCCUCUUUAGAUACUUUCUUUUAAAUCACUGGUACCAAUCAAGAUUCUAAAGGCUAAGUUUUUGUUGCUUCAAUGUAAGGUAAACAAUAUCCUGUUUAUGGUGUUUAAUAUCAUCCUGAAAAGAAUAUAUUUGAAUGGAAGGUUUCUGCUCCCCAUAGUUAUUUAGCAGUUAAAGUAUCAGCUAAUCAUAUUGAUUCUUUUAUAAAUUAUGCUAGAUAGAAUACAAAUUAAUUUAAUGAAGAGUAAUUGAAGAAGGCAAUAAUUUAUAAUUUUAACACUGUUUAAGAAAAGAAUGCUUCAUUCGUUUAGGUUUAUUUCUUUAAAAAUGGAGAAUUGAAUUUAUGAUAAUAUUGGAA